CUGUUCAUCUCAAAAAAAAAAAAAAAAUAGCUCUCUCUCUCUCUCUGUCUCUCUUUCUCUGUUUCCUAAAUCAAUUUCACUCUCGACUCGCCGGAGAUGGCAACUCUUUCGGCGGAUCUCAAUGGUAAUGUUUCAUUUCCUUCUUCUUUUCAGGUUUCAAAUUGUUCUUCUAACCCUAAUUUUGCCAGAGCACUGAGUUUCAAUUCCAACUCCAGAAAGCUCCACUUGGUUCUUGAUCUGGAUCACACACUCCUCCACACCACCAAACUCUGUAAUCUGACAGCUGAAGAAGACUAUCUCAAGAUCGGAACCCAUCCUCAUCGAGAUGUUUUCGUGCUUGAAACUGUGAUCACCAAGCUCAGGCCCUUUGUGUGGAGAUUCUUGGAUGAAGCCAGCAAGAUGUUUGAGCUGUACAUAUACACAAAGGGUAACCGGUACUAUGCGGGUCUAAUGGCUGCCCUGCUUGAUCCUAGGAAUGAGUAUUUCCCUUCCAGUUCUAGAGUCAUAUCGUGCGAGGAUCACGGAAUCGUGGGGCGAUACAAGAGUCUGGAUGCUGUGGUUGGCUGCAAUUAUUCUAAUGUUUUGAUCCUUGAUGAUACAGAAGAGGCAUGGACAGAGGAAAGCCGGGACAAUCUAAUCGUUGUGGACAAGUAUUGUUUCUUUAGGCACAAAAUGGGCCUAGCUAAGUCUCAUGCUGAGUUAAAGACUGAUGAAUGUGGAUAUCUUGCAGCACUUCUUGAAGUGCUUAAGGUAAUCAACCGUGUCUUCUGUGAUGAACUAGCCAGAAAUCCUUCUGGUGUAGAUGUGAGGGAUGUGUUACAACUGUUUGGAAACAAUUGUUGAAGGUUGUUAGGCAUUUUUGUAAUGUGUUAGGCAUCUUGGAACAAGUUGGGACUGCUUGAAAAGAGGAUAAGAAUAUUCCAUUCCAUUUUCUGCUCAAUACCACCUCAUUCGUUGAGGAUCAAUGCAAACUGAUCGUGGCUUCAACUUUUCCGGCCAGAAUAAUUCCUCAAGAGGUAAGUGACCGUGUAUGGUUUUGUUCUGUUGCUAUCUAGUCACAAACUAUGUUUCGUGCAUAUCAUUUCGUAAUGUUCAUUUGAUAUGUUCUUUAAAGUUCAUUUUGGAAAUAAUUGGUAAUAGGUUUACUGCUAAGAUUUACUUGUUUGACAACUACCUCUUUGGUUGAAAAUUUAGCUUUUGAUACAACUAGCAUUUUUACCAUAUAGAGAAGAAAAAAAAUCAUUAAAAAAAAAAAUUCAACACCUCCCAAAACAUGUUGUUCGAGUAUGGUUGAAGGAGGAAAAGCAUAUGCAGCCAAGGACAAAAUUAUUCUAAAGGUAUUAUAUGUUGCUUUCAUGAACUCCCACUUUUUCCUACUUAUGCUGUAAGCUUCAAGGCCUUUCCUUUCAUGAAGGAUUAUCCAACAUCUACACAGGGAGCGCUUUAACUAGUGCGUUUAUUUAGAGGAGAACUGCUAGUACUAAUGCUAUUGCUGCUUUUAGAGAAUGACAGCUACUCAAAUAGUUGAUGUUCCUCUGCUGUUGACCGUGCUCACAAGGCUCUUACCUCCUUCACAAAUGGCCAUUCUUGUCAAAUUGCUUAACGAUUACAGGACAAAGAAAAGUAGGCAACAAAAGCUGAAUCCAAUAGUGAGACUCAUCGUUGGUGAAAAGGUUUUGCCUUCAGAAACAAAUUGAUGUCAUCAACUACUCAUAUACUGCUACUGACUUGAAGCUUCGAAAUUCCUCAGGACGAGUGUUAUGCUACUGCUCUGAUGCUUACCAAAAGCCUCAACAAUUUCAAGGAAAAUAAGAUAACCCCACCCCAGCUGGUCUGAAGGUGAGACUGAUAGUUGGUUCGAUUGUGCAGAGUCCUUUGAUUUCAGUAAUCAAAUCUUUCUGGAGAAAGCAGAAGCAAGACCAAGCCACGGGGUGAUGAUUCAAAUUCUUUUGUUCAACAGCUUCCCUUUGGAGAUAUAUAGUUAUCAUUUAGUUAGACUCCAAUAGUUUAUUUCCAUGUUAACAAACUGUAAAGACAAUUUUUUUUUUUAGUGCACUUACAUCCCCUGAUGUAAUAUGGGUACAUUAGUUUGCUCGAUAUGUUUUUAGUUGUAAUGCUUUUGUCGUGUGGGAAUAAUAAUAUUUGUGGGUUCAAUGUUUGUAGUCCUUUCACUUGUGAAUGAAUUAGCUCUUACUA